AUGGCUGGUGAUCUAGCGGUCGUGGCGCUGCUCGCGCUCAUAGCGACCGUCACCUCGCGGCCGCCUACCACCGACCCGCUACUCUUUGAGGCGGCUUUUCAAGGAAGGUGUGGUGAAGGCAGUCCCUGUGAACAGCUGUGCAGGGAACUUCAUGAUGGGACGUAUGAGUGUGGCUGCGGGCCAGGGUUUGUGCUGCAUGUAGACGGCUAUGGCUGUAUGGAACUGAAUUCAACGAAGGCAACUGAGAGCUCGUCCGAUAAACAAGAAGAUGUACUAUACCAGAAAGACGUCUCAUUCUCAGCUGAACUAGAAAUAGCCCCGUCCAAUAAUAAUAGAUUUAAUAAGAAUAAUGUAAGCGAAACACAUAUCGACCAAAGACUACCCACAGUCCCUACUAGCGUUCAGACUAAACGGAAUUACACUUACACCGGAGAGAUCUACAAAGAAGUUGACGGUUUGAAUAGUCUGAUUGAGGACGGAGUUAGCGAAAUAGAUUUAAACAUCAUAUCUGAUAAAGAUAAUGUGUUUUCUGAUAGAAGAGAUAAGGUUACUACGUUGGGACCCAGCUUGGAACAAAAGGUGCCAGGUGGUACAUCAUCUCCUUCCAGAACAACAGCUGUUGAGAGCUGCAGCUGUGACUGUACCCAGAUCAAAUGCGUCUGCCCCGGGAAAUGUAAGACGGCAACACAAAUAGCUACGCCACGUUUUUCGGGUUCGUCAUGGCUGGCGCUGCGUGCAUUGAGGGGUGCUUACAAGAGGGUGCGAUUAAGAAUGAGGGUGCGGCCUGAACGCACCCGUGGGGUGUUAUUACUGACGGGUGAACAUGACGAUUUAUCGGGGGAUUACCUGGCGUUGAUAUUGAGGAAUGGACAUGUUGAGUUAAGAUUCGAUUGCGGCAGUGGCGCGGGUGUACUUCGGUCUCCUGAACCAGUACAUCUCGGCAGAUGGAACACCAUAUCUGUUUAUAGACACAGAUGGGACGCCUGGCUCAAGCUGAAUAAUGGGAAACGAGUUCGAGGGAGAUCGAAAGGCCUCUUCUCACGAAUGACCUUCCGAGAGCCAGUAUGGGUCGGAGGCGCUGGAAAUACAACUGGUUUGCAGAACAAACUCGGACUAUCUGAAGGAUUACUCGGCUGCGUCGACUUCUUGAGAAUUAACGGUGAUAGCUACCGUUUAGUUAAAGAUGCAGUCUCCACGCUUGAUAUUGGUGAAAUAGUAACUAUAUAG